UUCUUUUUUCAUGUCUAUUUGUGCUUCAGAUGUUUGAAAUCAUGAAGAAUCAUUCUGCUAACCUGGUCCGCAGCAUGAAAAAGAAGGCAGACAAGGACGAACCAUUAGAGCUAAAGGAAUUCUUUGGAUCGUACAGUAUGGAUGUGGUAACCAGCACGGCCUUCAGUGUAGACAUCGACUCCCUGAACAACCCAGCUGACCCGUUUGUGAUAAAUAUCAAGAAGAUGUUGAAGUUUGACUUUUUAAACCCCCUCUUCCUCGCAGUCGGUAAAGUUCUCCUUUGAGUCUUAAAACAAUGUUUGACAUUUGCUCCUGUUCAGUAUCAGGCCUUGAUGGAGAUGGAGUACCUGGACAGCGUCAUCAAUGAGUCUCUGCGACUGUUUCCUAUUGCUCCACGUCUGGAACGUGUGGCCAAGGCAUCUGUGGAGAUAAAUGGCCUUGUGAUUCCAAAAGACAUGGUUGUCAUGAUCCCCACAUGGCCUCUGCACAGGGAUCCUGAGAUGUGGCCUGAACCUGAGACAUUUAAACCUGAGAGAUUUAGCAAGAAAAACAAGGACAAAAUCGAUCCAUACACAUACAUGCCUUUUGGGUCUGGGCCAAGGAACUGCAUUGGCAUGAGAUUUGCUCUGGUGAUGAUCAAAUUGGCCGUGGUAGAGAUUCUCCAGCAGUACAGCUUCUCUACUUGUAAAGAGACUGAGAUCCCUUUUGAGAUGGAUGGCCAGGGUUUUCUUGCACCGAAAAGACCCAUCCAACUGAAGCUGGUGCCUCGCUCCUGAUCUACCAGCCAAAGGAAUACAUCAGUUUGGCAGAUUUUAUACCUUCACUAUGUGCAGUUUACAUUGUUAUUCCACAGAAAAAGUUUAAUAAAAAUUUACCAUUGC